AUGAGUAGUAACACUGAAGCCGAGAAGAUGCUGAUGGGCUUGGUCAACCUGUUUCACAAAUACACUCGAGAUUCAGAUGCCAUGGACAAAUCUGGCUUGCCGAAGAUGAUGAAGGAAAAUUUCCCCACCUUCCUGUCAGCUGGUGAAAAAAAGAACCCAGAUUUCUUAGAAAAAUUCUUUAAGAAGAAUGACAAGAAUCAUGAUGAGAAGAUCAACUUUUCUGAGUUUCUGUCCAGUGUUGGUGAAGUUGCCAUAGAUUUACACAACCAAUCCCAUGACAAGAAGCCCUAUUCUGAGGCUCAGAGAUGA